GAAAAACUAUCAGAGAUGUCACGAGGCGAAGGUGUCGUCGGUGCCUACGAGAAAUGUGAUUUUGCCGAGGGGAUGGAGUUGGAGAAGCGAGAGCGGAGGAAAGGACUUAAAGGAGCCUUGUCUCCGGAGAGAGCUGUCACUCUGCUGUACCUGCUUCUGGCCCUCGCCUUCGUGCUCUUCCUGGCUCUCACCAUCGUGAGUCUCCGGAGAGUAUCCGCGGCAUGGGAGGCCUUGGAACAAGCCCGGAUGCAGAGUGAGAAGAGCUGGACAACGGCGUGGCACAACCUCUCGGAGGUCCAGCACAUCCUCGAUAAACAGCUCUCCGGCGAGCUCAAGGCGAUUCAUGGCCGACUUCUGAACGUGUCGCAAGAAGUGGAGAACGUGCGGUGGAAGAUGACGCAGUGCAAAGCAGAGUGCGGGAAGGAGCUGUCAGAUCGCCUCCGUGUGUUGGAGGAAAGGGACGUGUUGGAACCGGUGCUGCAGCAGCUAGCGGAGGUGAAGCAGGAGCAGAGCCGCGCGUCGGCGCUCCUUGACGCGGCGCUGGAGGAAACGCGUAACCUCUCAGAAAUUCUCUGCACGAGGUGUCCCGCUGGCUGGCAGCAGUUCGCCAAAACCUGUUAUUUCUUUUCCACCACCGACAAACCCUGGCUGGCUGCUAAAGACUCCUGCGGUGACUUCAACGCCCAUCUGGUCGUCAUCAACAGCGAGCAGGAAAACAAAUUUUUGGCAAAUCACAUCAUGGAGAAUCGGGUGUUCUGGCUGGGCCUGACCGACAUGGACAAAGAAGGCGACUGGCAGUGGAUAGAUGGCCGUUCCCUCUCUCUCUCGUUCUGGAACAGCGGUGAACCCAACAACGUUGGCCACCACGGCGAGGACUGUGCCACCAUCUACUCCAGCGGCCGCUGGAACGACGCUACCUGUUCCAAUGCCGAGGCCUGGAUCUGCGAGCGUAGCUGCUAACGGUUUCUCUCGCGUUUUAAAGAUUUUUCGGGGUGUUUGUUAACGUUUUGUGAGCCGUUUACCUGUUGCGCCGAGGCUCGAUGAGGCUUGCCGGUUAAUCGGGGGGGGGGAAAAAAAAAAAAAAUAAAGCGCUUCCAUUGCGAUUU